AUGAGACACAGCUCAUUGAAACAUCAAAUGGAUGCACUGAAACUUCUGCAUGAAGUGCAUUCUUAUAAUAAGCUUAGAAAUAACCCGGUAUCGUCCAACAAAACUCAAACUUUGGCCGAGAAGGCUAGAGAAAGCUUACUAACUCGUUUCGAGGAGAUAUUAUCGCAGAUCAUAUCUAUAGAACAAGAUUUAAUAGACCAUCUUCCCGAAGACAUGAAGACUUUUCUCCGACACAAGGACAGCGUGGAUCUGAACAACAUUUGUUUGAGAAUGUGUGUGAGUGAAAGCGGGUAUCAGUCGGACAGAAAUCUGAAGGAGCUCCGUGUCUGUCUGCAGCUCAUUGUGAACAACCUGCUGUCAGCAGUGCGCGAUCAGAAUAAUGUAUCGUCUGCAGGAGCCACUCGGCGCUUAAUGGGGAUAUCCAUCACUUUACCUGACAUCUGAACAGCCGGCUUAUCUGCAGAGGUGCCUGUUUAAAUGCAGACCUGACAGCCGUUUUGCCUAUAUAAAUUGUUAAAGAAGUAGAGUUGAAGUAGAGUUGGAGCAGUUGGAGCAGGAUAUGCACCAAGUCUGGCUAAAAGAACAAGUGACAAAACUCAAAUCUACCUCAGAGGAACAGUGGAUCCAUCUGCCAGUGUCAGGACAAGGACCUGCUACAAGAAUGCACCUUAAAACUACACUGAAGUUUUGUUGUUGAUCACAUAACCAAAAAAAUAGUGGGAACAGGAGCUGCUUACCUGCAGGACAGCUUCUAAUCCUAUUUAAAGCUUGCUUGAUUGUGGACUGUGUCAACCAUACAUUUCCAGUUUCUUAUUUGCUAUCAACCUAAAUGACUGUGUGCAUAUUUCUAACCCAGCAUAUUUAAAGAGAACUAACAAUAAACUUAUAAA